AUGGAAAAUGACCUGGAGAGGGAUAAGUGUAGAGAGGAAAUAACAAGAAACAGCAUAGCUGCCUCAGCAGUGUGUGCCUUCAAUCUCAGUGCCAUUACUCAGGCAUUUAAUGGUCCUUUCCGUUACCAAGAGAACCCAAGAUCAGCCUGGCUGCCGACAGCAAACCCCAUCCCAAAUUUCCAGUGUGGGACACUGAGUGAUGACAGCCCGAAUGAGAACCUGACAGAGAGAGUCCUGCAGGACGCGCAGCGCUUGUUCCUGAUGAACGACGUGGUGCAGCCGGUCACUGUAGAUCCGUAUGUGACUCAGGACAGCAUUCGAUUCUCUAAACUAGUGGUUGAUAUUGUUCAGGGGAAGGAUACUCUCUACCACGUGAUGUAUAUUGGAACAGAGUAUGGCACCAUCUUGAAGGCCCUUUCUACCACUAACAGGAGCCUGAGGAGUUGUUAUUUAGAGGAAAUGCAGAUCCUCCCUGAUGGACAACGGGAAGCAAUCAAGAGUCUCCAAAUCCUGCACAGCGACAGGUCGCUCUUUGUGGGCUUAAAUAACGGAGUGCUGAAAAUUCCUCUGGAGAGAUGCUCCAUGUACAGAACAGAAGGGGAAUGCCUAGGAGCCAGAGACCCUUACUGUGGCUGGGAUAACAAACAGAAGCGAUGCACCACCAUUGAGGACAGCUCCAACAUGAGUCUGUGGACUCAAAAUAUUACUGAGUGCCCGGUGAAAAACCUGACCACAAAUGGAAGACUGGGGCCCUGGUCCCCAUGGCAACUGUGUGAGCAUUCAGAUGGGGACAGCACAGGCUCCUGUAUGUGUAGGUCACGUUCAUGUGACAGCCCUCGUCCUCGCUGUGGAGGUCGCAGCUGUGAAGGGGCCAGGAUCGAGGUCGCAAAUUGUUCAAGAAAUGGCGCUUGGACACCCUGGUCUUCCUGGGCCCCAUGUAGCACCUCCUGUGGGAUUGGCUUUCAGGUCCGCCAGCGGUCCUGCAGCAACCCUGCUCCCCGGUACGGGGGCAGGGUCUGUGUUGGACAGAGCAGGGAAGAGAGAUUCUGUAAUGAGAACAGUCCAUGUCCAUUGCCAAUUUUUUGGUCUUCAUGGGGUCCUUGGAAUAAAUGUAGUGUGAAUUGCGGUGGAGGAAUUCACUCAAGGCAAAGGUCCUGUGAAAAUGGAAAUACGUGUCCAGGCUGUUCUGUGGAAUAUAAGACCUGCAACCCAGAGAGCUGCCCAGAAGUACGUAGGAACACACCCUGGACCCCUUGGAUGCCUGUCAACAUCACCCAGAAUGGUGCCCGCCAGGAGCAGCGCUUCCGCUACACGUGCCGUGCCCAGCUGUCUGAUCCCCAUGAGCUGCAGUUUGGGAGAAAGAAAACUGAGAGUCGAUUCUGUCCCAAUGAUGGCUCAGCUAUGUGUGAAACUGACUCUCUUGUUGAUGAUCUCCUCAAGACUGGUAAGACCCCUGCACGGAUUAUCAAUGGGGGCUGGUCCUUUUGGGGGGCCUGGUCUUCCUGUUCCAGAGACUGUGAGUUGGGCUUUAGAAUCCGGAAAAGAACAUGCACAAACCCUGAACCUAAAAAUGGUGGCUUGCCUUGUGUGGGGUCAGCGAUGGAGUACCAAGAUUGCAACCCACAUCCUUGCCCAGUAAAAGGCUCGUGGUCUUGCUGGACUCCUUGGUCUCAGUGCUCGGCAACCUGUGGAGGAGGGCAUUACCAGCGCACACGGACUUGCACCAACCCAGCUCCAUCUAGUGGAGAGGAUAUCUGCAUCGGGCUGCACACUGAGGAGGCUCUCUGCAACACCCACCCGUGUGAAGGUGGCUGGUCAGAGUGGUCAGAGUGGAGCCUGUGUAAUGAAGAGGGCAUCCAGUAUCGCAGCCGUUACUGCGAGGUGCACAGCCCAGACUCUUCUCAGUGCAUUGGAAACAGCACACAAUACCAAGAUUGCCUGUAUAAUGAAAUUCCUGUGAUCCUGCCAGCAUCCAGCAUUGAUGAGAGCACAAACUGUGGAGGUAGGAUACCACUAACCAUAUAUCUUAUUUUUGUCUUAACCUGGCUUCUAUUCUCCCUGUGCAGUAUCAAGCAAACCAUUAAUCUAUACAGCUCACAUCCCAGUGAUAGCCUUAAUUCCACUGGAGUCUUGCUGUCUGAGUCAGACUGGAGGAAUGUAUCACACAGGCCACUUGUCAGUUCCAAGAUUUUUGUCUAUCUGGGGGUUUGGCUUGGUCACCAAGGGUCAUUUAUAACCAGGGAGUAUGUAACUUGUCUGUCUCUACCCAUGGGAUAAAAGGUUCAAGAGAAA